AGAAAAUAAAGGCUGAUUUGAGUUGGCUGGACAAGGGAAAUAACUUUCCACCAAUUUGUUUUUAAAAUUUGUUUUUGGAAAAAAAAUCUCGCAUCGGGACAACUUUCUUGCGGGAAGGAAUGCCCUGUCCUUCGUGGCUGCCCUGCUAGAACUCCGCACUCUGCUGCCCUGUGGGGCACGUGGAGCCAGCUGCCAGGGGGAGUAGAGAGUGGGGGGGAGGUUAGCUGUCAGCUUAGAAGUCCUAGGAGCCAUAGGCUGGAGGAGGCAACUUGGGGAGCCUGCCCCCACUAAUGAACUUGUCAGUGAGUGGGACAGCAGAGCUGGUGUGGAACUGGUGCCCGGCUGGGUGAUUCUGCGCGUGCACCCUCGUCCCUGAAGGGUGACCAGAUGUCCCGAUUUUAUAGGGACAGUCCCGAUUUUUGGGUCUUUUUCUUAUAUAGGCUCCUAUUACCCUCCACUCCCGUCCUGAUUUUUCACAUUUGCUGUCUGGUCACCCUAGGUCCCUGCUGGCUCAGGACCCCCUUGUUCAAAUGGCUUCGUGUUCCUCCUCGCCCAGGGGUUGGGUCCUCAGUGCACCAGGGCAGCAGCCGUGGGUUGGGGGUGGCCGUAGAGGCCUCGUGGAACAGGGAAGGGAUGGUUCCUGGUUCCUGGCUCCUCUCUACCUGCACGUGGCUCUGGGGACGCUGCCCCUGGGUCUCGGGUUAAGUGCUGGGCACCAACACUGGGACGGAGCAAUGGAAGGGAAUGCUGAGGCUGGAGGGAUAGGCCUGCUUGGAGCCUGCUGCUCCGGAGCGAACUCCCACCUCCCUGCUACAGGCUUCCUGCAGCCGGAACCUCUCUUCCCACUGGAAUGAAGGUGCUUCCUCUGCUCCUCCCCACGGCUGUUUCUUGGUUCCUCUACUGGCCCGUAAAGGGGCUCAGCUCGGGCAAAGCAAACUUAAACCCUUGUUUUCAAACACCACUGGAAGCAGCCCAGCCUCCCCGUGCAGCGUUUGCAGCCCAGUCCCUGCAGCAUCCAUCCUGCCUGGUGUGAGAGCUGGCCCGGUUCCUUGUUGCUCACAUGGAGCGGAGGGCAAAGGCGGAAAAACAGCAUGAACAGUGCAGAGCGAACUGGACUUUCAGGUGGAUCUGAGGUCAGCCAGUGCUGGUGUCUGUGGGAACUAGGGGGUGCUGGAGCAGACAGCGAGGGGCCUGCUGGACUGAAUUCAGGCAAGCACCUUACUGGGAAGUUGGGGGCUGAACCUUGCUGUCUAAAUCAAACAAGACAAAUCCAGCCAAUGAGGCAUUCUGCUGUCCUUCCCUGGCCCUGCCCCCAUCCCGUGGGGUGGGGCUUCCUGCACAUUACAGCCCCUGAUCCUGGAGGUGGGAAGAGAGAAAAUGGCACCAACUCCCCCCCUCCCAGUUAAGCCCUGCACAAAUCCUGGAGAUAUGGGACACAACUUGCUCCCCGGGCGAACUCCUUCCCUUCCUGACCUGCUCACCCCAGCCCCUGCCCCAGGAGAAGGGAGAAGCUGCCAGAUGCCCACCACAUGCCAGGAGGGGAAGCAGGAAGGGAAAUUCUGGGAGUGGCUGUCCAUUGCUGCAAAGGGCUUUUGUUUUCUCCGAGUUACCAGCGGUAAAUGUAUUGCACGCAGGAGGAUCAGAGCCAUUUUCCCUGUAGUCUGGUGCUGUCCUCAGACCUCAUUUCUAAUGUGGCGUAAUCACGUCCAGUUGUGUCGGAAGCUGGAGAAAAACUUGUGCUCCUUAGCAGACAAGGGUCUGAUGGGAUGCAAAGGAAACCAGCUCUCUUGGGGCUGGCCACUUUCAGUCUCCUAAGGAAGAUCCAGCGCUGAGACGGGACAGGCACGCAGUGUGGUUACAGGAAGAAUUUUCUUCACUGCUGUCAUCUCCCCCGUUCUAACCUACAGAUCCUCUUGAUGUGAGGAAGUUGGUGAGAAUCUCGGUUCUGUGAAUUCGCUCUCUGUAUUGUUCAACAGGAAACGAGGGAGCGAGCAGAAGGCAAGUUGAGACCAGCUUUAGUCACCAACACGCGCAGUCAGAAACAGGUUCCCUGGGCCGCUCCUGCCGCGGCACGCAUAGGGGCCGCGGCAAGCUGCUCUCCAGCAGUCGGCAAAGCUGGCACCAGAGUGCCACGGAAAUACAGCAAAUGGAAACUGGUGCGACACCACCGUAGUGACCAUGCUGGAGAGGCACUAGCAAGAUGUGAGCCUGCAGGCGGAGGAAACAGGAACCAUUCACAGGAAGCGGCUCCACGGUGCAGGGAUUUCUCAGCCAGACAUGGAGCCGGCCGGCGCUCUGGAGGAUGUGUACGUCCUAGUGGAGUACGAGUUUGAGUAUGUGGCUAAGGACGGGACGCUCAUUUCCAUAAAGCCCAACGAGCGGUACGUCCUGUUGAGAAGAACAAACGAUCACUGGUGGCAUGUUAAAAAAACCAAGGACGCCCGUCCAUUCUACAUCCCAGCAAAGUACGUGAAGGAACUGCCCCCAGUCACCCGGCCCACCAGUGUGUUUGAGCUUCCUCCAGAAACCCCUGGACAGCUGGUCUCCAGGGACGCCUUGGAGACAAUUGUCCUACAGCCAGCCAGGGCUGGCCAGGACCAGCCUUUGGCAUACGAGUACAAAUUCCUGAGCGCUGCUCAGCAGAAAGAGCAGCACAAAAUGGAUACCAAUGAACCCGACACUGACUUGGGGGCUGGGUCCAUCCGGUCAGGGUCUGGAACUCUGGGGCCCGCUUGCAAAGACGCCAGCUUCGAAGGCGAGACCCUGACUCGAGCCGUAGGAGAGGGGAAAGACUCUCCUCCAGUGCUGAGCUCAUUUCACAACCCUCACUGCGCAAAGAGGAGCAGCCACUCUCCAGCGCUGCACAUCCCCCCCAGCGAGCACAUGCGCCCGACGCAGUCCCUGGAUGACCUGGCCAGGGCCAUCCCCAGCCCCCAAUGUAGAGUCAGUCACACAGGGUCACGCAGGGCGGGGACCACAGCGGGCUCUUUGCUUUCCCCGCAGCCUCUCAGUAAGAGCCAAUCUGAGAACAUUUAUGAAUCCAUCAAGGAUCUGGAGAGACAGGAGAAGGCAGGGUCCAGCCGGCCAGCUCAGGCCUGCCAGGAGGAGGAGAAGAACCCCACCCCGGUGUAUGUGAACAUACAGGAGCUCCGACAGCAAUCAGCAGCCACUGACCCCUCCCCACCCCAGGACUGCCCUAGCAGUGUCCUUGCGGACUGGGAGACCCAUACGGACACGGGCAGCGGGCACUUGUUCUACUACAACCCUGUGACGGGCGAGACCACCUGGGAUUCCCCGUUCGGGUGCCCAGAAGAUGGAGUGAGUCCUGCUCCCUCUCCCUCGCCGUCUCUUGCCCCCAGUCCCGCGGCGGCCGAAUGGGGCCAGUAUGUGGAUGAUGCCAGCGGCGAGGUGUUUUUCUAUAAUUCGGUAACGGGUGAGACAUCGUGGGAGCCGCCUCCGGCUGCGGACGAGCCCAGCGCCCAGGAGAUGCAGCCUGCAAUCGCACAGUAUGGACCCAUGGACCAGAGGCCGCCGACUCCGGAAACGGACUAUCCGGACCUGUCCCCCGAGGAGCUGGAUGGUUACCCGGAGGAGGACUAUUCUCCGGUGGGGUCCUACGAGCAGAGCACCUACCCUUACCUUCUGCCAGGGAGAUCCCCCAGGCACUCGGCAGAGCUGAGCCCCUCUCCGGGCUGGUGCAGCCAGAACAACCCCGAGGGGCAAGCCUUCUAUCCUGACCAUUACGCCUCGGAGACGGUCUCUGUGCCAGGGGGUCGCCGGAGAGCAAGCAGCGGGUCCAGCCAGGACAGCAGCCCCUUUGCCAGCUGGCACAACUAUAUGCCAGCCAUCCUCAUCCAGAAAGAGGAGAAGUUCAAAAGCCUGGACAAGGCCGGAGUUCUUUACCGGACAAAAACAGCUGAUAAAGGAAAGCGAUUACGGAAGAACUGGAGCUCAUCCUGGACUGUCCUGGAGGGGGGCAUCUUGACCUUUUUUAAGGAGUCGAAACAUUUGUCUUCCAGCAGCUUGAAACACCCUUCCAUGCUGACCUCACCCGAGCAUACUGUGGAUCUGCGGGGGGCUGCCGUGUCCUGGGCUCCCAAAGAGAAAUCCAGCAAGAAGAACGUUCUGGAGCUGAAGACCCGCGACGGUUCUGAGUUCUUGAUCCAGCACGACUCUGAGCCCAUUGUGGCCACGUGGCAGAAGGUGAUCGCCGACAGCAUCGGCAAGCUGUCCACAGACUUUCCUACUCACGACGAGAACGGAAACGUUGGGGACUUUGGAGCCAAGGAGAGACUGGGAAACAACAAAGACGAAGACAAAAAGAAUCCAGCCUCCGGGCCGGCAGCCAGUAGCCUGGGCUCCGAGAGCGACACCAGCAAAGUUCGAAACAGGCUGCGAAAGCUGCUCCAGAAACGGCCCCCUCUGCAGUUCCUGCGGGAGCGAGGGUACAUCAAAGACCAAGUGUUUGGCUGCUCCUUGCAAGCGCUGUGCGAGCGGGAGCAUGGCACGGUGCCGCGGUUUGUGCAGCAGUGCAUCCAGACGGUGGAACACAGAGGUUUGGACAUUGAUGGACUUUAUCGAAUAAGUGGAAAUCUGGCAACUAUACAGAAACUGCGCUACAAAGUGGACCACGAUGAAAAUCUGGACCUGGAUGAUGGCCGGUGGGAGGAUGUCCACGUCAUCACGGGGGCUUUGAAGCUCUUCUUUCGGGAGCUGCCAGAGCCGCUCUUCCCAUUCAGCUACUUUGACAAAUUCAUCACUGCGAUAAAAAUAUAUGACCAGGCGAAGCGCAGCAAGUGCAUCCGGGACCUGGUGUGUUCCCUACCUGAGGCCAACCGCGACACCAUGAAGGUUCUCUUCCAGCACCUCUGCCGCGUGAUCAACUACAAGGAGCAGAACCGGAUGUCUGUGCAAAGCGUGGCGAUUGUGUUUGGGCCCACUCUCCUGAGACCAGAGACCGAGGAAGUAAACAUGGCAAUGCACAUGGUCUUCCAAAACCAGAUAGUGGAACACAUCUUAAAUCAGUACAGCUACAUCUUCCCAGACAGCUAAGCCUGGUGGCGAGCCAGAGCCUACAGUGAAAGCAAGGAGCAGAGUUCCUGGGAUGGACCGUGGCGGCUGCUAGUGUGUGACACUGAAUUGUCCCAGCCUGGACUACAGACAAUAGUGGCGACAAUCCGUAAUAAAUUGGCAAUGCUGAUGCUGGACUGCAACUACCUGGGAUGACUUGUGCCAUUAGCCACUGGAGCCAUGUGACCAGUGCGCCUCCUUUAGAUAUGGGAAAACAGUCAGAGAAAACAGGCACCAGAUCGGUCAUUCUGCAAAACACUCCUGCUCGCCGGGGUUGGUACCAGGCUGUUCCCCGGAAGAAUGGCCCCAGGAGAGCACAGGGCCUCUGAGCUUUCGGCUGCCCAGCUGCUGAGAGGGGAGGGUCCUCCAUGGGGCUGUGCACUUUCACUUCGCUACAAGUGAAAGCAGCCCAGGCAGGUACUGGAGAAGGGGCUGGACAACCUACCAGCUAGUGAAGUGGGGACAGCAUCAGCUGUCCGCCCCAUGCCUGCACCUGGAACUGCCAGCAAGAGCUGCUCCAGAGCCCUUCUCCCACACAGCUCAUACCACCCCCUGGACCUUGGUGCGGCAGCAUCCACCUCUGUGUGCCCGUCUGCCCCUCAGCCAAAGCAGCCCCUGGGACCCCCGACAGAACAGCAUGUUAUGCACACCGCGCUGCAGCGCCUCCCGCUGGGCUCCAGCCAGCUCGCCUCCCUGCGGGCCUGAGCACCUGCAGCCAUUGGGGGAUGAACCCUUAAUGCCCCCAAGGUUGUUAUAGCGCUGAGAAGCUGAGACACAGGUUUUCAAAAGAGCUCAGCUUCCAGGGAGAGCAAGAGCAGUCGUCCCACCCUCCCACCCCCUGGCCCCAUGGGAGUGGCUGAGCACUCCCCUAAGUGCCUUGCUCUAGGCCCCCCCUCGGCAGUGAGCAGCAGCGUAGACCAUUGAGCCCAGGUCUCUGCAGUCCCACUCCAGGGCCGUGUCACCCCCAGCCUAUGCUGUGUUACUGAGAUGGGAGUGGGCUCUGGUGCUAAGACAGCUUGGAGCCCGCGCAUGCCAAGGAGGGAGCUGAAAUCAACCAACCAACCCCCCUUGAAAACUCCCCUUUUGUAAUUAAAAGGAGACCUCCCCCUCCCCUCGCAGCUCACUCUCCCGCAGGGAAACCGCUCCAGUUCUGCAGGCUCCUGCCCAUGCCUGGGUGAGGAGCUUAGUUCAAAGUCCUCUGGGCGUCUAGCUGUUGGUGGCUGCAGAGGCCCUGGGCUGUGCAUUUAAAUGGCUCACUGGCUGUUUUAGUGCAUUGCCUGAACCUGCCCCUGGAAUUGGCAGCGACACCUCCACACAGGGCUACCAACAUUUCAAAACAUCGGACAGGGCAAACCAGUGCAUGAGGCAGGGGCUUGGGACCUCUGAGCCCCACCUGGGCCGGGUUCUGCACUGCCAUGGCGUGGGCAAGAAUAUCCAUGAGCCUGGCCUAGGUAUCUGGCUCCUCCUGCCUCCCUUUCUCUGCCUCCAUUGCCCAGAGCAUGUCCCCCAUGGAGCAGGGCUCCCCCGAACUGCUGCGUCAGAACAAGGCCUGGACUGGUCUCCCACUCCCCCUGCCCUCUCAGACCCUCUUCUCUCUCUCCCCACCUUUGUCACCCUAACAUCUGCCCCCCUCCCAAGCCCCCCUUCAGCACCCAUCCCCCAUGGGCACAGCUGCCUUCCUCCCCACAAGCUUGCCCCAUUGCCACUGGAGAAUCAUGGGAGUAUGCAAGAGUCACGUCCAUUCACAGGCAAGUCCUCAAGUCACAAGUCCCGUCAAUGCCGUGUCUAAUGGUUGCGCCCUGUUCUACUAGGCCCUACACAAACACAGUGCAGGCAGAGCUAGUGGGGAAAUGGCCGUUAUUUUCUGUGAAACAAGUUCACAAUGUGAUGGAUUUUUUUUGUCAAAAAUUUGUUUCCUUUGGAAUCAAAACAUAAUUUGUUUGCUUGGGGGCUUUUUUGAACUCCUGCCCUCCCCCAAGAAACAGAAAGAAGGGGAGGGGGAAACCCAACAAACACUGACAAGGUGGUGUUUUGGUUUGAAUUAAACUGAAUGAAAGAUAUUUUUUUUUAUUUGAACUGAAGAGUUUUCAUUGGCCAGCGUCAGAGGAUAUCAGUUUUUUGGGUGUAAAUGCGUGGAUUGUUCACUUUUCACUGAGAAAACAUUGUCACAAUAAUCUUCCACCCCGCUGCAAUUCUCUGAGCCUGGCCCUGCCCAAAGCGGUCACAGUGUGACCAGGAAGAGAAACAAAGGGGAUUUGCCCAAGGUCAUUGGCAGGGUUAGGAAGAGAAGCCAGGUCUCUGGAGUAGCAGCCUGCAUGGAAGGUGGAGAGGAGCCCAGGGUGCAGGAGGCCCCCCGAGAGUCAGGCUGCAUGCACAUGGCUGGAAUGCCUGCUGCAGUUGCAGCAACUAGUUCUCUUAAGAAAGAGCCAGUUUGAUUUUAGAAACCGGGAGUCCUCUCCUGUUCUUACCUGGCAUGAGGGACAUGAACCAGGGUCUAGUAAAAUGGCAUUGAGGUGAGUGUCAGUAGCCAUGGGUGCUAUGCCCAGCCACUAGCAAAGUCAUUUGUCCACUCUCUGCCCAAGGUCAGACUAGAUGAGGAUAUUUGAUCCCUUGGGGCUGGACAAUGCCUGACUCUCCCUGCAGGAAUUGCCCCCUGGCUCAAGGGCAAAGGCCUUUCUUUGACAGUGGAUCUGCUGGUUCUCUUCCAAAUGUCUGGUUUUGCAUAUGAAUGAAAUCUGGAUCGCCCAUUAGUUUGUCUGGCUGUUCCUGUGUUUAGCGUGGUUCCUGGUUUUACUGAUUAGCCAGCCGGGGUUGAAACCCAGCCAAGUACACGGUGUGACAUGGAGGAGAGCUUCUAGUUUCUUUGGAAAGCAGGAAGAGAGCAUGAGAAUACCAGUCAAGGGCAGGGUGACACCCAAGACCCAGUCAAGCAAUAUGGCAUUGCCAAAUCACAGCAUGCCCCCAACCAUGCCUCCCCACACCAACGAAGGAGUUUCUGCGAUGCACAUGGAUGGGCCCACAGCCCUCUGUUUCUUUAGAUGGAGCCACGGCAGGGCUGUCUGCGUGGAGGGCUGUGUAGUCAGUGCAUAAGGUGUUGUACUGGGAUUUGGGUGACUUGAGUUCCACCCCAGCUUUGCCAUUGGCCUACUGGCUCACCUUGGGCAAAUCACGUCACUGCUUUGGGCCUCAGUUUCUCCAUCUAUAAAAUUGGGCUAAUAAUAAAGGGCAAGAUUUUUAAAGGCAUUUAAGCACCCACAUACCUUUAAAAACCUGGCCCAAAGCGCUUUGAAAGCUGCAGCCCAGCAGAAGGGAGAGAGUGCAGUGCUCUCAGGCUCCCAAAUCCAGCGCCCCAGAUUAGAGCGAGUCUUGCAGCAGCUGGUCAAAAAGCAAAGGGGAAAAAAAUCAUGGAGAAAAGGUAAAAUCCGUUUAGUUUCAGUUUUGGCAUUUGACAUGUUUUGUGAAAUUUUCAAUACAAAUUGCCAAUAAAAAAAUGUUUCAUUGA